GUGUUUCGAACGACUUUGUUCACACUUCAUUUCCCCCUCUCUCUCUUACACAGAAGCAGUGACCCACACACACAGCAAAAGAGAGAGAGAGAGAGAGAGAAAAUCAUCAACAAUGAGCAACACUUUAUCUCUUAUAACACAACAAUACAAAUCUCUAUUAAAAAAGAACAUACUAUUAUCAUGGCGAAGCAAGAGAUCAAUCCUUCUCCAAUUACUCUCUCCAAUAUUAUUCAUUUUCUUAAUAUUCGCUGUAGACAAAGCAAUCAAAGCACAAACAUCAACAACUUCAUCUUUCAAAUCAAUAACAAACCCAAAAUUAAUACCUUCACCACCAAUCCCACCUUGUGAACACAAAUUCUUCAUCAAACAACCUUGCUACGAUUUCAUAUGGAGUGGUGAUCAAAACCCCAAGUUUCAAACCAUCGUGGGCCGGAUCAUUCAAAAUAACCCGGGUAGGCCCAUACCCGUUUCGAAGGUUAAGUCGUUUCGUGAUAAAGAUGAAGUUGAUCAGUGGCUUUUUAGGAAUCCUAUGCAGUGUCCUGCUGCGGUUCAUUUUGUUGAGAAGAAUGGGAGUGUUAUUGGGUAUGGGAUACAAACGAAUUCAACUAGUCUUCAGAAAAGAGGGAGAUUUGAAGAUCCUACUCUUUCUUUUCAAAUUCCUCUUCAGCUUGCUGCUGAACGUGAAAUCGCUAGAUACCUUAUUGGAGACCCAAGCUUCAAGUGGAAUGUGUUUUUGAAGGAAUUUGCGCACCCAGCUAUGAGUCCUUUCUCUGCGGUUGGAUCGAUAGGUCCAGCAUUUUUUCUUGCAAUUGCUAUGUUUAAUUUUGUUCUUCAGAUGAGUUCUUUGGUGACAGAGAAAGAGCUUAAACUUCGCCAGGCAAUGACCGUGAUGGGGCUUUACGACUCUGCGUACUGGUUAUCAUGGCUAACCUGGGAAACAGUUGUUACACUUCUAUCAUCUAUUCUCAUAAUUCUCUCUGGCAUGAUGUUUCAGUUUCAAUUUUUCUUGAAAAACAGUUUCACCGUUCUGUUCAUUUUGUUCUUCCUAUUUGAACUCAACAUGACUGGGUUGGCCUUCAUGUUAUCCGCUUUCAUUCGUAAAUCAUCUUCAGCAACAACUGUUGGCUUCUCCAUAUUUAUUGUCGGCUUUGUGACUCAGCUUGUGGUACAAGCAGGAUUUCCUUACACCGAUAGCAUAUCUCUUAAGUUACGAAAUAUAUGGUCAUUGUUCCCUCCUAAUCCGUUUGCUCAAGCCCUGAAAGUGCUCUCAGGUGCAGUAUCAACCCCUGAAGAUGGCGGUGUCAGCUGGAGUAAACGGGGAGAAUGCGCAGUUAACGACGAUGACUGUGUGAUAACAAUUAAUGAUAUUUAUAAAUGGCUUUUGGGGACAUUCUUUCUGUGGUUUGUUCUGGCAAUCUACUUCGACAAUAUAAUCCCAAAUGCAAUGGGUGUUAGGAAAUCCGUGUUAUACUUUCUAAAUCCUCGUUAUUGGACAGGAAAUGGAGGACAAAAAGUGAAAGAGGGUGGGGUUUGUAGUUGCUUUAUUUCAUCCCAACAUGAAGAGAAUAGUACACCAGAUGAUGAAGAUGUACUUGAAGAAGAAAAUACUGUUAAACAGCAACUAACACAAGGCGUGGUUGACGCAAAUAUUGCUGUACAGAUACAUGGCAUUGCGAAGACUUAUCCCGGUACAUUUAACAUUGGUUGCUGCUGUAAAUGUAAAAGAAGUACACCUUACCAUGCUGUUAAGGGCUUGUGGGUGAACUUUACAAAGGAUCAGUUAUUUUGUCUUUUAGGACCCAAUGGAGCUGGAAAAACUACAGCUAUUAAUUGUUUGACUGGGAUAACUCCAGUAACUGACGGAGAUGCAUUGAUUUAUGGACAUUCGGUCCGAAGCUCCACUGGCAUGUCAAACAUUCGAAAGCUUAUAGGAGUGUGUCCCCAGUUUGAUAUCCUAUGGGAUGCACUGUCUGGUCAAGAACACCUGGAACUCUUUGCUAGUAUUAAAGGCCUGUCCCCGGCUUCUAUAAAAUCGAUUACUCAGACAUCCUUAGCAGAGGUGAGACUCAUGGAUGCAGCCAAAGUAAGAGCUGGAAGUUACAGUGGAGGAAUGAAACGCCGUCUUAGUGUUGCAAUUGCUCUUAUCGGUGACCCGAAAUUAGUCAUUUUGGAUGAACCGACUACCGGUAUGGAUCCAAUAACAAGGAGGCAUGUGUGGGACAUAAUUGAAAAUGCAAAAAGAGGGCGUGCCAUUGUUCUCACAACACAUUCUAUGGAAGAAGCCGACAUUCUAAGUGACCGCAUUGGAAUCAUGGCAAAGGGAAGGCUCCGCUGUAUUGGUACCUCAAUCAGAUUGAAGUCGCGCUUCGGUACUGGUUUUAUUGCUAAUAUUAGCUUCUAUGGAAACAAUAUUGAGCAUGGUCCUGCAAAUGGAGAUGACAUAUCAGCAACACAUCGUGAGGCUGUGAAGCAAUUCUUUAAGAAUCAUUUAGAUGUAGUACCAAAAGAGGAGAACAAUAACUUUCUUACUUAUGUGAUUCCUCAUGAAAGAGAGGCACUCCUAACAAAUUUUUUUUCGGAACUCCAAGACAGAGAAGAAGAGUUUGGCAUAUCUGACAUCCAGCUUGGUCUAACAACUCUUGAAGAAGUUUUCUUGAAUAUUGCAAAGCAAGCAGAGCUAGAAAGUGCUGCAGCUGAAGGGAGCCUAGUGACUUUGUCUUUGACAUCUGGAGAGUCUAUGCAGAUUCCUGUAGGAGCUAGAUUUGUGGGAAUUCCAGGAACAGAGUCUGCUGAAAACCCGACAGGCUUUAUGGUAGAAGUAUACUGGGAGCAAGACGACACCGGUGCACUUUGUGUCGCUGGCCACUCGCCGAAAGCUCCUAUUCCUCAAAAUAUCCAACUAUCAUAUGCUACUGCUAGACAAAGUAGAAAUGUUGGCCGGUCAGCGGCGGUUCAUGGGGUUGUCAUUGAUCCUAGUCAAGUUAGUUCAGUUAAUUUUUAGUGAUGCAUGCUGGAGACUGAAGAGAAUGGGAAAAGGGGACAAUGAAAUAAAACUUCAUUGUAUAUAUUUUUUUGUUACAAGAAUUUACUUGUGUAUGUGUUUUGCCAUUUCCCCUAUUGUAAAGGAUUUUUUAAGGAGGAAAAUUAGUUUGAUACGUUCCAACAGUUUUUAUCUUAUUUUAAUGAUUUUGCUUGUUACUUAAACAUUAAAAAUGAAUAAUGUCAUAUACACUUCAAAGUCUUCAA